AUGUUCAACCGUGCUCUUCUUGCUGCAGCUCGCCAGACCAUUGGCCGUCGUUCCCUCCACAAGGGUACCGAAUCUACUCCACCACUCCGUUUCACUUCCACCACUGAGAAGGUAGGACUUUAUUCCUUGAUUGCCUUUGCUUUCCUCUCAUACCCAACAUACGUUCUUCUCAACCUCGAUAAUCUCCGUCCUAAGGGAGAUAACUUCUUGGCUCCAGAGGUGCAGGAAGAGAUUGACGCCAUUCGUGCUGCCCGUAAGUAG